CUCACAGGCUUUACACACACCCUAAGAGGCAGACCGGGCUUCCUGUCCUGCAGCUGCGGGGCAGGCUGGCUGAACGAUGGCGCAGGGAACACGCAUCCACAUAACCCCGGAGCAGCCCACCCGUGCCGUGUGCGUGCUGGGCACCAGGAACCAGCUGGAUGUCUACGGCUCUGCACCCGAGGGCUACAUGUCCUUCAGCGUGGAUGCCUCUGCAGAUGUGGUUGUGGAUAUUAUCCGCAGCCCCCCAGCCAAGAAGAAGCCCAAGGGCUCCUCCAAGUGGCCCCUGGACCCUGACGUGGAGGUGAGCCUGGGCAUGAGGACUGCCAGCAGUGACGCAGGUGACCAGAAGGUCCGGGUUUCGUACUAUGGACCGGAGACCACCCCUGUCCAUGCCCUGCUUUACCUCACUGGAGUCGAGAUCUCUCUGCAUGCGGACGUCACUCGCACUGGCAAGAUGAAACUCACCCGCGAUGGGAAGCACCAGGGAGCCUGGACCUGGGGCCCUCGUGGGCAAGGCGCCAUCCUGCUGGUGAACUGUGACAGAGACAAUUCCAAGUCCUCCGCCAAGGACUACGAGGAUGAAGAGGUGCAGGACAGCAGAGACCUGCAGGACAUGUCUCGCAUGACCCUGAGCACCGAGACGCCCAGGGACUUCUUCUCGAGUCACCAGCUGCUGCUCCACGUGGCCACGUCAGAGAUGGACAAAGUCAGAGUGUUUCACGCCGGCCGACACAAAGACCCCUCCAAGUACCAGGCGGUCCUGGGCCCCCAGCAGCCCUGCUACCCUCUGGAGCUCCCUGGCGGCCAGCACAGCACCGACUUCUACGUGGAGGGCCUGGCUUUCCCUGACACCAGCUUCCCAGGACUCAUUUCCCUGCGUCUCUCCCUGCUGGGCACAUCCAGCCCGGAUCUGCCCAGUGUCCUGGUUUUCCAAGACAGUGUGACCUUCCGUGUGGCCCCCUGGAUCAUGACCCCCAACACCCAGCCCCCCAAGGAGGUAUAUGUAUGCAGCAUAUAUGGAAACGAGAGCUUCCUGAAGUCACUGACUGCUCUGGCCAAGAAAGCCAAGUGCAAGCUGACCGUCUGCCCCUCCAAAGAAAACAUGAAUGACCGGUGGAUGCAGGACGAGAUGGAGGUUGGCUACAUCCAGGCCCCGCACAAGACGCUGCCUGUGGUCUUUGACUCUCCACGGAACAGGGGCCUGAAGGAGUUUCCUGUCAAACAGGUGCUGGGUCCAGACUUCGGCUACGUGACUCGGGGGCCCCAAACGGGGGCGGUGAGUGACCUGGAUGCCUUUGGGAACCUGGAAGUGAGCCCCCCGGUCACAGCUGGGGGGAAGAAGUAUCCGCUGGGAAGGAUUCUCAUUGGGAACAGCAGCUACCCCAGUGAGGAGAGCCAGGAGAUGCAUCAAGACUUGCAGAACUUCCUGAGAGCCCAGCUGGUGCAGGCCCCCGUGACGCUCUACUCCGACUGGCUGUGCGUGGGCCAUGUGGACGAGUUCCUCAGCUUUGUUCCUGCUCAUGGAAAGGGCUUCCGGCUGCUCCUGGCCAGUCCCACGGCCUGCUACAAACUGUUCGAGGAACAGCUGAAGCAGGGCCAUGGAGAGGCGCUGCUGUUUGAGGGCGUCAAGAGAAAAAAACAACUGAAAAUAAAGGACAUUCUAUCAAGCAAGAAGCUGAGAGAACACAAUUCCUAUGUGGAGAGCUGCAUCGACUGGAACCGGGAGGUGCUGAAGCGGGAGCUGGGGCUGACGGAACGAGACAUCGUGGACAUCCCCCAGCUCUUCAAGCUCCAGGAGGACUCCAGAGGGCUCCUCAAGGCCGAGGCUUUUUUUCCCAACAUGCUGGGUGCCCCUGCUUGGCAGGUAAACAUGCUGGUGCUAGGCAGGCACCUGGGCAUCCCCAAACCCUUCGGGCCCGUCAUCAACGGCCGCUGCUGCCUGGAGGAGAGGGUGUGCUCCCUGCUGGAGCCGCUGGGCCUCCACUGUACCUUCAUCGACGACUUCUUCGCCUACCACGUCCGCCAUGGGGAGGUGCACUGUGGCACCAACGUGCGUCGCCAGCCCUUCCCCUUCAAGUGGUGGAACAUGGUGCCCUGAGCUGGCCCCGGGCCAGAGGCUCCGUUCUCUCCUAUGGCAGCUGUGAGGAGGCCUGGGGAGGGGUGGCCGCCGGCCUGAGUGGUCACUGCCUCCUCCUUCCAGACGUCCCUGUGAGGUUCAGGCAGUGUGGGCCCAGCGCUGCUGUGAGAGGCCUUGGUCAUGGGUCCGAGCCGCCUGCUCUCUCUGCUCAAGCCCCUUGUAUCCCUUGUAUCCCCCAGUGGCGAGGCUGGUUCUGUGGUCCCCGCCCGAAGGUACGUUCAGCGUAGAUGCAGAUUUUUCUCCUGUGUUAUUUGCUCUUGGCCGCAUAUUUGGUCUAAAAGUACUUGCUAGCAUGAAGUGGGGGGGUGGGGGUGGGGGAAUCCCAGCAUCGCUCUGGCUCGUGCCAUGCCAGGGAUGGAGCUUAGAGCCUUACACUUCAGAGUCCAGUAAUAUAGUCACUGGGCCACCUCUCAGGCCAUGUAAGUGUCCUCCCAUCUCCUCUCUCUCUUUCGCGCUAAUAAAUAAAUAUUUUUA